CUCGCUCAUCCAAAAAAAAAAGGAUGUCGUUCUUAGAGGUGUUCGUGCUCUGAUGAUUAAACAUGAAAGCCUCUUUAACCACACCCCAGGUUGACUACAUGCACGAGGACAGGGACCUCGCUAGAUGGAAGCGCGCUCGCGCUGCAAGCAAUGUACUGCACCUCUGGUGAAUGCAGUGUGUUGUAUGUGACGCUCACACAAAUGAUGCUCUUCUUUAGCUUUGCUGUGUUCCAGGGCUGAGGGGGCUGGCCGGGCUCACCUACUUUAAACUCUACGCAGUAACUUUAGUGCUCUGAUGCAAGCCAGUCAUUAACGGCAGAGAGGUCGUCGAGGGGGAAGGGAGGUUGCAAAAUGCGUGGGGUCUAGAAGCGCUCACACACAACUUAUCUGCCACGCAGAUUCUUUGGCCCACUCACCCAGGUCCCUCAGAACGCCCGUUAGCGGUGACGGGAUGAAGACCACCCUGUGGAGGACGGCCAGGGAACACCCCCUGCUCACGGUCCUGGGCCAGCUGAGGGCCUGCCAGGCGGCCUGGUGCCCCGGGGCGGCCUGGGACCGCGACCAGGCCCACACUGCCCUGCUGGGACAACCCACUGGAAGCUUCCUGGUUCUGGAGGACACUUCUUCUCAGCCCAGUCUGUUGUGUGUGUCUGCUGGCACAGAGCCCGAAGCACGAGUCCUGGACUACCACAUCACAUAUUCUGGCACAGUGCUCCAGCUGUCAGAGUCCCGUCUGUGUUUCGCUGACCUGGCUCAACUGGUCCUCUUCUACUCUCUGACCAGAGACGUGUUGACUUUCUGUCUGUACAUCCCUCCCUGGCUGCUCAGCAUAGCUAGACAGAACGUACAGCUUCCCUCUCGGCCCAAACCCGAGUCCUGGUUCUGCAAGCCCCCGGACCUCAACACUGACGACAUGACCGACCUGGUACCAAGCGUGGUCAUGUGCUCCAUACAGUUGAGCUCAGCCAACGGGGCCCUCUGUGUGAUCAACCCGCUCUACCUCCAGCAACACGGGGACAGUUGGCUGACGCAUCAGCCAACCUCCCCUCAGCCCUGUAAUGCGAGGCGAGGGAGACGAAUGAGCGCCAGUAGGCCUUGGCCGGGGGCGGGACUACAGAGCAAACGAGCCAUCUCGAUGGAGGACCCGUCCCCUUUCGCCCCCACCGACGAUGCAGGUAUCAUCAGGGCCCAUUCGGCUGAGUCGACCCCUAUAUCCCUCACCCUCCCGUCCCUCACCUCCCCCCCGUCCCCCACCUCCCCCCCGGUCGCCGUGGUUCUGCGCCGGCCCAGCCGGGACGCCGCCACCGGCGAUCUCCCCAAGAUAACGGCCGGCAGGUGCAGCCUCCCUACGUCCAUCCUCUCCUCCUCCCCCACGCCACACUUCCCCCCCACCAGCCCCGCCCUGGGGGGCACGCGACGCCACAGCGGGCCCCCGCCCCAGUCCCCCCACCGGGUGUCCUGGGUGGAGGAUGGGGUCUGGCUGGCUCCUCCCCCCUCCAGCCGCUCCUCCUCCUCCUCCUCCUCCUCCUUCUUGCUGUCCCACCCCCCCUCCAUGGAGCUGGACACGCUGUCCAUCAGCAGCAUCGAGGAGGAGCCGGAGUCCCCGGCCGCCCAGAGCCCCGCCGGCCAGCAGAUCUCUGCGCAGCGAUUGGCCGACAAGGUGAAGAACCGGCUCUCGGCCGUGGGCCAGGCGCUCGGCGGGCUGGUGAGCCAGCAGAAGAGGCUGAUCAACCGCGUGACGGAGCUGAGCGACAGGAAGGGCGGGGCGUUUGCCGAGGCGCUCCGUGGGUUCAUGGAGACCACGCUAAAGGGCGGGAUUGACCCGGGCCAGCCCCGGGGCUCUGAGUUCCUGCAGGAAGUGAGGUCAUCGCUCACAGCGUUGAGGGAGGUGCUCCUGGACUGCCCGGAGAUUCAGGUCCUCCUGGACAGCAUGGCCGACACCCCCGACUCAGAGAUGGACGCCAUGGUGGAGCAGUGCCUCCACAAGGUGGCGCUGAAGCCUGUCUCCGCCCACCUCUACUCCUCGCUGCAGGCGGCCCGGGACCACGACGGCACCCUGGCCAACCUGCGGGGCCACCAGCGGGUGCUGGGGGACCAGGGGGUUGAGGACCUGGGCGGCUCGGCGGGGGCCGGGGUGCCCGAUGGCCCCGCCCUGGAGCGGGUGCAGCAGCGGUGGGCGGGCAUGCACGCCACCUACUCCCCCAGCAAGAAGGUCGGCGUGCUGCUCAAGGUGUGCAAGAGCGUCUACCACUGCAUGACGGCCAACGCCUCCCCAGGGUCUGUGUUUGGGGCGGACGACUUCCUGCCCUGCCUGACGUGGGUGUUGCUGCGCAGCGACCUGGUGACGGUGCAGCUGGACACGGACUACAUGAUGGAGCUGCUGGACCCGUCACAGCUGCAGGGGGAGGGUGGCUACUACCUGACGUCCGUGUAUGCCUCGCUCUACUACAUUAGCAGCUUCCGGCCUCGCCUGGCCGCCCGCCAGCUCAGCGUGGAGGCUCAGAUCUCUCUCAACCAGUGGCAUCGCAGACGCACACUGCUGUGCCACCAGUCCCGCCAAAGCAAGAACAGGAAGACCCUACGGAGGCAGCAGAACAGGGACGGGGACAUGGAGGCUCAACGGGAAUGUGAGGAGAUGAACGACGUUGUGGAAAUAACCGACGGUGAGUCGGCGGCGCCCUCUAGUGGCGAGGAAAAGGAGGUGCAGCAGCAGGCGGCCGACGAAGCUGUCGCUCGGGAGACGAUGAGCGACAACAAGGCAGAGGGCCGAUCAGAGCUGCCGGGAGGAUGUCUGCUUCCAAGGGAACAGGAUGCGUUGUCGGGCGAGAGCGAAGACAUAAAGCCGGCCGGUUGUGGAGGAGAGGAGCAAGGGACUUUGGAGGAGGUGAAGGAGGAGCAGAUGGAAGAGGAGGAGCAAAAGGGGGAGGGGGAGGACAGCAGGGAGCAAACGAGAGCAGAGGAUGAGCUGAGCCACGUCUCCGUCCGCAGGACUGUCAAUCAUGACGUCAUGUGGGCCAAUCAGGAGGAGGCCGAUGCGGCUUUCCAGAGCCUCUGAACACCUCUCUUCUGUUUAAAUGGUUGAUUGCUUACUUGACAAUGUUGCAUCGCACCGACCCAGCAUGUUUAACCAUCUCAGCACAUUGCUGGUGUUUUUCCCUAUUCAAGAACCACAAGGUUCCCUUGCUGAAUGAUUUAAAGUGGACAUUUUGAUACAUUUGUAAAUUUUUAAUUUAUAGCUCAUGGCUAAUUGUUUUGUUUUGAUUGAUUGUUCGUACUUUGUUUUGAAUAUUUGUAUUUAUAUGGACAUUCACUUUGCAUGCCACAUAAAUAAAAACCAAGGCAAAAUCAAGGACA